GUGGGUUAGGUGGAAUGGUUUCAUUUCUUUGUUUCCCGUUGGGGGUUCCGGGGACUUCGUUUCGUUUCUUGCUUCUGCGCACCUCAGGAGUUUUCUUUUGUUUUGCUAAAGACGGGGGUGCUGAUUUGUUACGCGAAUGGGAAGGUUCCAUGUGCCCCGGGUCGACUGGCACCAUAUGCGAAAACGUUCUCGGGCGUUUGGCGGCAAAACGCUUACUCAUGGGCACUUCUUCGGAACAGCCAUCGACAGAAAUUGAAGACUUGGAAGGUGUGUCGUCGAACGAGACGUCGAGUUCGAGGAAGUAGUUCGAAUAUGAGCUCUCCUUCAACGCGUUGAAAUCUUCCUCUGCGUUGCUAUUUAUGAACUGCCAAAAUGAAUUAAAUGCAUACGGUCAUUCUUACCAUCCUCUAAGUCAAUGCG